UUGGAAAAUAGCCCUAAAUCAACUCCAUUAGAAAGACCCACAACAGCGAGGCGCCAAAGCCAUAAACUUUGCCGCCAAAUUUCCAGAUCAACAUAUCCUCUAAAAAAAAUCUCAAUCAAUUUUUGUUAUAGUUUUACCAUUCUCAUUUUCCCUUUCAUUUUCGCUGGUUGAUUUUGCUCAAGAAAAAAGAGAGAGAGGAAGCUGAUUCAUUUGCAGAGGGAAAAAAAAAUGCAGAUUCGAAUAAAGUGUAGCUGUGGAGAAGGAAGCUGUCCAGAAUGGGCGAUUAUUGAACUGCAAGGGGUGGUUGAAGUGCAACCCUCCUUUCAAGAUCGUCUUCAAAACCUCGAAAUCGGUCAACUCUGCCGACCUUCUUCUCAGGAGAAUUAUACUUUUACAAUUGGGUACCAUGAACUAACAGGGUCAAAAGUGGCUUUGAAGAAGCCAAUGUUGGUGUUAAAGAAAGUAAAGCGUAUGGAUAUUGAUCAAAGCGGUGAAAAUCAAUCUCCUGGAACUGAAUUGGAGGUUGUUGGAAUCAUUCGGCAUCGAAUUUUGUUCAAGACCAGACCGAAGGCCCUUAUAUCCAAACCACCGCAGGUAGUGAAGGAGAGAGCCACAUCUGCAGGUUCUUCCGUGCAAACCUAGAAAGAGAAAUCAAUUUGCAUCUGCAAAUGGGGACAGACUUGAGUGUCAAGUGAUUUUCAUUUUUUAUAGUUUAGCUUUUUUAAUUGUUAUGUUGUAACUCUCCUAAUCAGUAUCAUAAUGCGAGGAAUUCCUUACGCCA